AGGAUUGUCGAGCCAAUGGGUGAUCAAUCAGGGGCGGGGCUUACGCCUUGCGCUCACAGUAGGAAAUGAAGGGUUUACCUCCGCCUGUACUUGCCGACAUGUGCAUGUUAGAAAGUUACACAACAGUUUAUAAGGUAAAUGUCUCGCACUGAUCGCAGGUUAUGCGUGGGGUGCCAGUGUCCGGCUGAACUGCAGGGAGGAUGGCGAUCGAAAUGGAGCCAAUAAAGAAAGAUGCGAAGAGCAACCCUUCCGCCACGGCUAAUCUCUUCUCACAGGUAUUUUUCUGGUGGCUGAACCCUCUUUUCCGUAUCGGAUCAAAGAGAAGACUUGAAGAAGAUGACAUGUAUAAAGUGCUUCCGGAGGAUGGGUCCAAGAGACUCGGAGAGGAACUGCAGAGCUACUGGGACCAAGAAGUUGAAAAAGCAACCAAAGAACUCAGGACACCCAAACUCACCAAAGCCAUUAUCAGGUGCUACUGGAGAUCAUAUGCAGUACUGGGAGUGUUCACUCUUAUAGAGGAGGUGAUUAAAGUGAUUCAACCAGUGUUUUUGGGAAAACUCAUUCAGUAUUUUGAGAGAUCUGAGCCUGAUAACAUGGCAGCGUUGUAUGAAGCUUAUGGAUAUGCAGCAGGCAUCUCUCUCUCCGCUCUGGGUCUGGCUUUACUCCACCACCUCUACUUUUACCACGUCCAAAGAGCUGGAAUGAAAAUCCGCAUUGCAAUGUGUCACAUGAUCUACAAAAAGGCGUUGUGCCUUAGUGCCACAGCCAUGGGCCAGACAACCACCGGGCAGAUUGUUAACCUUUUGUCGAAUGACGUCAACAAGUUCGAUGAGUUGACUAUUUUUCUGCACUACUUGUGGAUGGGGCCUCUGCAAGCCGCAGCUGUGAUUGGUCUGCUUUGGCAAGAGGUCGGAGCAUCAUGCCUUGCGGGCAUAGCAGUUUUAAUCUUUCUUAUGCCACUUCAGACCAUGUUUGGGAAACUCUUUUCAAAGUACAGGAGUAAGACGGCAGCCUUCACUGACAGUAGGAUACGCACUAUGAAUGAGGUGGUGUCUGGUAUACGUAUAAUUAAGAUGUAUGCCUGGGAGAAGCCAUUCGCAGCACUGGUUAAUGAUGUACGAAGAAAGGAGAUCUCAAAAAUCAUGAGCAGCUCUUACCUCCGAGGACUGAACAUGGCCUCGUUCUUUACGGCGAAUAAAAUCAUCCUGUUUGUGACGUUCACUGUGUACGUUCUGGUGGGCAACAAAAUCUCUGCCAGCCGUGUGUUUGUGGUCGUGUCGCUGUACAGCGCCAUCCGCCUCACCGUUACUCUGUUCUUCCCUGCUGCUAUCGAGAAAGUGUCCGAGUCUGUCAUCAGCAUCCGGAGGAUCAAGAAGUUCCUCUUGCUCGAUGAGCUUGUGAAAUCUCACGUUCCGCUUACUCAGGAGGAUAAGAAAGAGGUGUCUGUGGAGAUACAGGAUCUCAUAUGCUACUGGGACAAGUCUAUAGAUGCGCCAACAUUACAAAACGUAUCUUUUACUGUGAAGCCCGGUCAACUUCUAGCUGUUAUUGGUCCUGUGGGGGCUGGAAAGUCUUCUCUCCUCAGCACUGUUCUGGGGGAGCUUCCAGCAGAAAAGGGUGUGGUAAAGGUCAAAGGUGAGCUGACGGCUGUGUAUCAGGAUGCUGAUAUUUACCUUUUGGAUGAUCCAUUGAGCGCAGUGGAUGCAGAAGUGGGUAGACACCUGUUUGAACAGUGUAUUUGUGGUAUUCUGAAGGACAAGCCCAGGAUCUUGGUUACUCACCAGCUGCAGUACCUGAAGGCCGCAAAUCAGAUCCUGGUUUUGAAGGAGGGGCACAUGGUGGCACGUGGCACAUACUCAGAGCUGCUGCGAUCGGGAGUGGAUUUCACCUCUCUGCUGAAGAAGGACGAGGAAGAAGAGGGUGAAAAAGGAGAGGCUCCUCGCUCCCCCCGCAGCCGCACACUCUCCCAGAACUCCGUCCGUUCGCACUCUUCAUCUGUUCUGUCUGUUAAAGAUGAAUCCGAUCAGCUGCCGGCAGAGCCUGUGCAUACCGUGGCCGAGGAGACGCGCACUGAGGGGACCAUCGGCCUUCACAUGUACUGGAAAUAUUUUAGAGCUGGAGCUAACGUCCUAAUGCUGAUUUUGCUUGUGCUCCUCAACUUGCUGGCACAGACUUUUUAUAUUCUUCAUGACUGGUGGCUUUCAUACUGGGCCACAGAGCAGGAGAAGCUGGACUUUUCUUCCUCUAACAUCAGUUCCACCAUCGGCACAAAUGGCACUUUCGGCACUAACACGACUCAAGAGCUCAACCUGGAUUUCUAUCUUGGCAUCUAUGCAGGUUUAACAGGAGCCACCGUCAUCUUUGGCUUCAUGCGCUUUCUGAUUAUGUUUAACGCUCUGGUGAACUCAGCGGAGACGUUACACAACCGCAUGUUCAACAGCAUCCUGAGAACCCCGGUCCGCUUCUUUGACAUCAACCCCAUUGGAAGAAUCCUCAACCGGUUCGCCAAAGACAUCGGCCACCUUGAUUCCUUACUUCCGUGGACAUUUGUUGAUUUUAUCCAGGUGUUUCUGCAAAUCAUUGGAGUCAUUGCUGUGGCAUCUUCCGUCAUCCCUUGGAUUCUGAUUCCUGUGAUUCCUCUGUUGAUCGCCUUCCUGUUUCUACGCCGCUACUUCCUGCGGACAUCACGAGACGUCAAGCGCAUUGAAUCCACUACUCGAAGUCCUGUAUUUUCCCAUCUGUCAUCCUCACUGCAAGGCCUCUGGACCAUUCGUGCCUUUAAAGCGGAGGAAAGGUUUCAGCAAACGUUUGAUGCCCAUCAGGAUCUGCACUCCGAGGCCUGGUUCCUGUUCUUGACCACUUCACGCUGGUUUGCAGUGCGCUUGGAUGGAAUGUGUUCAGUGUUUGUGACCAUCACAGCCUUUGGAUGCCUUCUUCUUAAAGACAGUAUGAAGGCAGGAGAUGUGGGAUUGGCUUUGUCUUAUGCAGUCACCCUAAUGGGAAUGUUCCAGUGGGGCGUUAGACAGAGUGCCGAGGUGGAGAACCUGAUGACGUCAGUGGAGAGAGUUGUCGAAUACACAGAGCUGGAAAGCGAAGCACCUUGGGAAACCCAGAAACGCCCCCCUCCCGACUGGCCCAAUCGGGGCCUGAUAACCUUCGACAGGGUCAACUUCUCCUACAGCUCUGAUGGACCCGUCGUCCUCAAGAACAUCUCGGCCAUGUUCAGACCCAGAGAGAAGGUUGGGAUCGUUGGACGGACCGGUGCAGGGAAAAGCUCCCUGAUUUCAGCGCUGUUUCGUCUGAUGGAGCCGGAGGGUAAAAUCUUAGUGGACGGAGUGUUGACCUCUGAGAUCGGCCUGCACGACCUCCGCCAGAAGAUGUCGAUCAUCCCCCAGGAUCCCGUGCUGUUCACAGGAACCAUGAGGAAGAACCUGGACCCCUUCAGCCAGCACUCAGACCAUGACUUAUGGAACGCUCUGAAAGAGGUCCAGCUGAAGGCUGCUGUGGAGGAGUUGCCUGCUAAACUGGAGACCGAACUGGCUGAGUCUGGAUCAAACUUCAGUGUGGGUCAGCGGCAGCUCGUCUGUCUAGCUCGGGCCAUUCUGAGGAAGAACCGGAUUCUUAUCAUUGAUGAGGCCACCGCAAACGUGGACCCUCGGACAGACGAGCUGAUCCAGAAAACCAUCCGAGCCAAGUUUAAGGAGUGCACCGUCCUCACCAUCGCACACAGACUCAACACCAUCAUAGACAGCGACCGCAUCCUGGUUCUGGAUGCAGGUCGAAUCCACGAGUACGAUGCCCCUCACGUUCUCCUACAGAACCAGAACGGGAUCUUCUACAAGAUGGUGCAGCAGACGGGAAAGGCAGAGGCGGCCUCUCUGCUGCAGACCGCCAAACAGGCGUACAUGAACCGCAGUCCAGUCCACCAGCUCAACGGCUUCGCCACCACAAGAGAUGGCAGCUUGGUUAUCUUCGAGACAGCUUUAUAACGGCCCGUAAAGAGCCUGAUGUACACAGUGCACAACUACGCCCAGCAUCCUCCUCCUGUGGAGGGCAGCGGGCACAAGCUCCGCCUCCUCGCCCACAACACCAGGCUGAGCCGAGCCGAGCCGGAGACGUGUGCAUGCGCUCACACUGAACGCUCACGCCAAUGACUCCGAGACCACAGAGCUGCAAUCACACCAGAGGACUGCAUACACCAGCGUUCUGAUUUCUCCAGUAUGAUAGGCUAGAGACUGUACACCACUGUGUGUUAUGAUUAUUAAUAUGUGCCUUAAUGUGUAAGUGUAGUACCAGGACUGCUAGGGGCCAAAGAGAUAGCUUGCCUUUGCUCUAAUGAAACACUAUGCUAUGAACUAGACCGGUGCCUUUAUACUACAUGAACCACAAUGACGGAUGAUUCUGACUGCAACAAUAAGGCCUUUAAACACUAAGACAACACUGUACUGAGAGGGCUCUAUAAAGUAAUCAAAAAACAGCACCUAUUUUUGUUUAUUUAUUAUUAUUUGUGAUUCUGAUACUCCGUCUGCCUUAAUCAAAAAACUGAAAACAAAUGCUGGAUAACAAUCAUUGCUGUAAUGCUGCAUUGUUUCUUGGGCAAAGAAAUCUUGUGCAAUACAAAAAAUCCUGAACUUUACUUUUGUUUAAUGUGCCUGUUAAAUGUAAUGCUGUCCCUGAUUUUAUUUGAUUUUAUUUUUAUGAUUUGUUUUGUGAGUCUGUGAGAAUGAAAGGGAUGUUGAGUGACUGCACACAGCAACACCGGCAGCUUCUCUCUGCUGCUCAUUGUCUUGUUUUUAAAAGGUAAAAGAAGAGAAAGUUGCAGUACCAGCCACAAAAGAUUUUUGUGAAAUGCAGUUUAGCCCAACAGAUUCAUUUCAAUUAAACAACUGAAUUCAAUGUUUUUUAACUUCUUGGUUAUUUGUUUGAGAAUUAAGUUGUCAUAUCCCUUCUGGGUUUGUGUUCUGUUUGAAUUGACAGCAUGGUUUCUGCUGGUUGGAAGAAUCAGUGUUUGCUGUUCAAAAGUCAGAAGUACAUGUUUGUAUUCUUUGCAUUUAUGUUAAAAUGUGUAUUUGCAAUUGUUCUGUCAUGUCAGAUUAUUGUAUUUGGAUUAAACCACUUGGUAU